AUGGCAAACGCUCUGGAUACGUAUUCUAAUACAAAAUUUAAAAGGAAAAUAGUUGUUGAUAGUGAGCAUUGCCCAAACUUGGUUAAAAGAUACGAUGUUGAUCCUGAACAAAGUUGCUUUACGCUUCACAUUCCGUUUGAACAACUAAACAGUUGGCACAAUGCAAAGCACACAACAUUGGCUGACUGCACGUACGUACAAAUACUGAAUGCAUUUAUUGACAAACAGUAUUCACUAAAGAUUCAGGAGAGCUGUUCAAGAGUCAAUGAAUGCCUUCGUAUACAUUGCACGAAAGUGUCUAAGCAAGCUAUCGGGAAACAUGGAGGAGCUCGGCAAAGUCUACUUGCCAAGGUGAAGAGUGUUGCUAUUCGUCACAGUGAACUUAGUACGGUUGCCUUGGUAAACGAUUUGCAAAGCCAAGUUUUGCAGCUUGAAAGUGUAAAUGCGACAAUUACUCGUGAUAAUAAGGCAUUAGACAUCAAAUGUAAGGAAGCAUCAGCACUGGUGAGUCAAAGCCAAAUAAAAAUUGACAAGGCCACUAUUGACAUUAACAAGCUUAAAAGGGAGAAUGACAAAUUAUACAAUAUAAUUGAAAAAAUUUCUCCCCAAAGAAAGUUUGAGUACAAAGGGAAAUCGUUUUUGGAAGUAGGAAAGCGACAGCAAGAUCGAAAACUUCAAACACUGGCAACAAGGGUCAAGCAAGCACUUUGGUUUAGUGAAUCGUUUGGACUUAAGUUGAACAGUGUGAAAAUGAUUGACGACUCUGGAAAAGCUCAUUGUUUAUCUUUUGAAGAAAAGGGAUUGAAGAAUUAUACUGAACUCGCAACUGACGAAAAGCAAGACAUCCAGCAAGUUUUAUAUAUAAUGGACAAAUUUUGCAUUGGUGAAGCUGCAUACCAUGAACUAACUUGUUGUCCAGGAGGAGAGACACUUCCAAGGUCCUACCUGGUGAAGCAAUGCAAAGAUAAUCUCAACAAGCUUUUCUAUAUUGAACGAAUUCCUGGAGAAGCAAAUGGGGCAGCACUCAAUUUUGAAGAUGAGUUGAGUCAUGUAAUUGGAAAUCUGGUAAGAAUCCUAUUUUGGUCAUUCUUUAAUCAUUAAGAUUUAAAUAAACUAUUAUGUACCUGUCAGGGAUGGUGUAUGCUGUGGUGUCCCAGGCUGGGUAAAAACCUACUGCAAUUAGAAAUUUAGAGUUUGUAGUCUAGGACCUGUAUAUGAGUUUGUAUGCAUUUCAUUUAGGACAGAUAAUCUCAACUGUUUUAGGGUAAGUUGACCAUGACGGUCAACAUGGUAACGCUGCCCGAACACCAAUCCGGGGCGAAACGUCCGAAACUGACCACACCCAAAAUCGACGCUUUCGCCAUACUGCUAUCUACCAAACCAUAAAAGCUUUGGCUAUUCUGAGGUGCUUAUAUGGUUCAGAGAUGGUACUUUUGGGGGUGGUCAUUGGUAAGUGUGAAAUGCCUAGCACUAAUAUUUCACAAGAAAAUGACCAUGCAAUAAUCAUAGUUAAACGUCAAUUUGUGGCUUGCAACUUCAGAUAAACAGCAGUGGACUUACAUUACCUUUUUCCCUAAAUCUUUUUGAUAGAAACAUAAAUGGUACUUAUUUAAAUAUAUUAUCACUGGUUUGGUGUAAAAUAGUUAAUAUUUUCUGACCGAAAUAAUAAUUUGAAAUGUGCCUACCUCCUACAAAUGGACGUAUUUGGCCAAGUUCUCCACUUUACUCCGCUGUUUAUCGGCGAUCUCGUCGACAUCCUACAAAAAAUGUAAAUCAUCUCAGACAUAAUGGUAUCAAGAACAUUUUAAACAAGUUUCAACUUGGUUUCAAGUAGAUCAUACCUGUUUAACCAUCGACAAGGUAAAUCCACAACUUUGUCCAAAUUCGGCGCCAUUUUGUCAUCCCAUGUCGCUUGUUAACAAUUCAGCCUUGUUACUCUUCCAUCCAAGCCAUUUCCAUUCCACUAAUAAUAAAUUUAACCCUUUAUAACAGGAGGAAACUAAAAAUCUAAACAAAAUAUAAGAAAUACGCCAUUUUAUCACCAUGUAAAAUUUUGCUCACGAGUCUUUCAAAACAUUCCGUACAAAUCUCGCGUGGUUUAGCAACAGGGACGUGACAGGGGGGGUAGAGACUUGAAAAAUGAAAGGAAGCCCACACAGUAUGGUAAAACCAACAAUCAACAUUUAAUUUGUAUGACUUUUUCAUAUUAAUAAAUAAUAAUAUGUAUAUAUUUGUCGCUACAAGAAAUAAAACAAACAUUUGUAUAAUUGUAUUUAGCUUUUAGUCUAUUUCACGCAGCCUUCUUCUAUCUUCGUGAAAUAAUUCACCCCCUCCUGUCACGUCCCUGUUACUUUGUCACGUGAUAUUUGUGCGGAAUGUUUUGAAAGACUCGUGAGCAAAAUUUUACAUGGUGAUAAAAUGGCGUAUUUCUUAUAUUUUGUUUAGAUUUUUUAGUUUCCUACCGUUAUAAAGGGUUAAAUUUAUUAUUAGUGGAAUGGAAAUGGCCUGGAUGGAAGAGUAACAAGGCUGAAUUGUUAACAAGCGACAUGGGAUGACAAAAUGGCGCCGAAUUUGGACAAAGUUGUGGAUUUACCUUGUCGAUAGUUAAACAGGUAUGAUCUACUUGAAACCAAGUUGAAACUUGUUUAAAAUGUUCUUGAUACCAUUAUGUCUGAGAUGAUUUACAUUUUUUGUAGGAUGUCGACGAGAUCGCCGAUAAACAGCGGAGUAGGCACAUUUCAAAUUAUUAUUUCGGUCAGAAAAUAUUAACUAUUUUACACCAAAUCAGUGAUAAUAUAUUUAAAUAAGUACCAAUUAUGUUUCUAUCAAAAAGAUUUAGGGAAAAAGGUAAUGUAAGUCCACUGCUGUUUAUCUGAAUUUGCAAGCCACAAAUUGACGUUUAACUAUGAUUAUUGCAUGGUCAUUUUCUUGUGAAAUAUUAGUGCUUGGCAUUUCACACUUACCAAUGACCACCCCCAAAAGUACCAUCUCUGAACCAUAUAAGCACCUCAGAAUAGCCAAAGCUUUUAUGGUUUGGUAGAUAGCAGUAUGGCGAAAGCGUCAUUUUUGGGUGUGGUCAGUUUCGGACGUUUCGCCCCGGAUUGGUGUUCGGGCAGCGUUACCAUGUUGACCGUCAUGGUCAACUUACCCUAAAACAGUUGAGAUUAUCUGUCCUAAAUGAAAUGCAUACAAACUCAUAUACAGGUCCUAGACUAUUGGUAAUCAUUGCUCAUCACUAAAGUUAGAAAUUAUUAAUUUUCAAUAUUUUAAAUUCUUUAUUCAACUUUAGAUGGAGACUGACAGCAAAUUAGGUGAAGGUCCAGUCAAAGUGAAAGUCAGUGGAGAUGGUGCAAAGAUGACAAGGUUGACAAAUUUCAUUGUGAUCAGCUUAUCUGUUCUUAAUCUGGAAGAAACUGUUAUGUCUUCAAAAGGUAAAUCUUUUAAAAUUACAGGUCAAAUAAUAAAUUAUCUGACUUGAUGACAUACUAAAUUGAUGCAUAAAUUUGAGUGAAAAUAACAAAUCUUAUUUUUUUCUUCAUUACACACAAAAGGGAACCACACAGUUGCAGUAAUCAAAGGUGAUGAAGAUUACAACCUUUUGAAGGCUUGGUGUUCAAAGAUUUUUAGCUGCAUCAACAGAUUGGUAAGAGCAGGAAAAAUCAACAUUAAAGGAAAGGAUGUGUCUGUUGAAUUUUAUCUGGGAGGUGAUUACAAGGUAAUUCCUGCAAAUUUCAGUACACAAGAAUGAUUUGUUGGCAAAUGGCGACAUUGCUGUAGUAGACAUAAAAGAAUUAAGCAUUCUUGCAGAUUAAGUUCUUGAUUGAUACAAUUACAUCGAACCAGGCUUUGCUCACACAGCAUCAUUUGGUUCAUGACAAAGCCACUCACCAUGGUGGCUAUAUUUAGAAACCAGUCUCAAGCGAUGUAAUCCUACCCAUGCAAGUAAAAUCUCAUUAAUAUCAUUUAACAUAUUUUUACUUUUUUAGAUGUGAUAUGUUAAGCCAUCUAGACUACUGGGAAACUCGACACGGUCGAUCAAUUGAGGACAUCAAAGAAUGUGCAUUAAAAGGUCAAUUUUCUUGUCAAUUCCAACCCCUGCUUGAUAUAAAGUUGGAAAAUGUUGUUAUUGAUGAACUACAUUUAAUGCUCCGAAUCACAGGUACAGAAAGAAGUAUGCAACUAAAUAAUAAAAGAUGUCUAGUAAAAUUUAUUUACAGUUGUUAUACUUUGAACAAUUAAUAUGUAAUUAGCUCUGGUUAUCCGUUGCACACUUUGUCAAAAGUUUUGAUAAUUGCAUAUCAACAAAACCAAAUCUUUUAUAAUAUAUUAUGUUUAUAAUAUAUUAUGUUUACGGUUUUAGACGUGGUGACAAAAAGCUUAAUUGGCCAAGCCCUUGAAUGGGACAUAAAGGACAACUUACCCAGAGCUCCCAAGGAUAGGUCAAACCGUCACCUAAUGGACCUUGCUAACUCGGUAAAUCAAUGCGGAGUCUCAUUUAAUGUCUGGGAGAAAAAGAAUGCAGAUGUGAAAGGCAGUGGCAUAUACGACUUUACCAGCAUGAUGGGCUCAGACAAGAAGCUACUAUUGAAACAUCUCCCAGAAAAGUUAAAGGAUUGCAUUGUGCCAACACUGCUAUAA